AUGAAGAUCCCACAUCGAUGCAUGUUCACAACUCAGCUCGUCGGAACCCUAGUUGUAGGGAUGAUGAAUCUCGCGGGGCUUCAUCCCGAAAUUCCAUGGACAUCCCCCAAAUUCAAAGUUACAUUUGAUACUUUUACGGCGUUAGAUGCAGGGACGGCGUUCAUGGGUGUGCUGUUGUUCUUCGCCUUGCAAAACGAAGGGGUUAAUUUAAAGUUCCCUACGCCCUUCUGUAUCUGGUCGGAAUCGGCGAUGAGCAGCAAGGCGGCGGCGAUGAGUAACAAGGCGGCGACGACGAUCUACUGUGGUGGUCGGAUUCCGUUCCAGCGGCUCCGGUUACUAUGUAUCGGGUCGGAAUCGGCAGAGAAAGUGAAUGGGUGUGGAGAGGGGCCCGGUGGUGGCUGA